UUGUUUCUAGUUCAUAAUUUAAUACUAAUCUAGUACUUAUUACUUCAUCAAUAACCAUGACAACGAUGGAAGAAUUGGAAGCAAAGAUAAGCGAAAUGCAAAGUGGAACUAAUACAUUAUAUCUGCUGAUAUGCGGUCUAUUCGUUCUAUUCAUGCAAGCUGGAUUCGCAUUUCUCGAAGCAGGUUCAGUUCGUGCCAAGAAUACAACGAAUAUUAUUCUAAAGAACGUUGUGGAUGUCUGGAUGGCUGCACUCACAUACUGGGCGGUUGGAUAUAGUUUUGCAUACGGAGAACCUGGCAACGGGUUUAUCGGUCACAACUACUUCUUCGGUUCCAAUCUUCAACAGAACUUCGAUGGAGUCAACACUACAUACGGUGACGUAGGAACCGCAGACCAUUACUACGUGUCGUGGUUUUUCCAAUUUGUCUUCACAGCGACCGCUUCAACUAUCGUAUCGGGGGCAAUGGCUGAAAGAACUGAAUUUAAAGCAUAUCUUGGUUACUGCUUCUUUCUGACUGCGUUCGUUUACCCCGUGGUGUCACAUUGGGGAUGGUCUAGUUCGGGAUGGCUGGCAAAUGGGCCAAACGGUCUCGUGUUCAAGGACUUCGCUGGCUCAGCUAUAGUUCAUAUCACUGGUGGAACGGCCGCUUUCUGUGGAGCUGUAUUGCUUGGUCCCCGAAUCGGGAGAUUUGACGAAAACGGGCGACCGAAUGAUAUACCAGGACAUACUGUACCGAUCACGGCAUUGGGCGCUUUCAUCCUAUUCGUUGGAUUCCUGGCUUUCAAUGGAGGAUCGCUUCUCACAAUCACAGGUCCAGGAGAUGGCGCUAAGGUGGCACUGGUCUUCAUGAAUACAAUUAUUGGGGGGUCCUCAUCAGCUAUCAUAGCGCUCCUAGCGUACAAACUUUGGAACCGAGUGAGAGGAAAAGAAAACUUCUGGUCGCUUUUGAUUACGAUCAACGCUGGUUUAGCAGGUAUGGUCGCAAUGUGUGCUGGCUGCAACGACAUCUACCCGUGGGCGGCCUGUGUUAUCGGUUCCGUAGCUGGCAUGGCUUUUCUUUCCUGGCAUCACCUUAUGUUGAAAAUGCAAGUGGAUGAUCCUUUAGAUGCCGUGGCAGUUCACUUCGGCGGUGGGAUGACCGGAAUUAUCCUUGCACCAAUUUUUGCGAUCAACGGACAGGAAUACGAAGGGGUUGCUGUAGGAGGAAUCAUAUAUGGAGCACAUUGGAAAGCAUUCCAGGGAUUCGGUUGGAAUUUACUUGGAGCUCUGGUCAUCACAUUCUGGACUGCGAUGUUUAGUUUGAUCCUUUUUGGUAUCAUGCGAUUGAUAGGGAUUCUUCGAGUGGAUAGAGACAUCGAAAUUCAGGGACUUGAUGUUGCGAAGCAUAACGAGCCAGCCUACCCGGUUAUCAGUUAUGAAGGAUUUUUACCGGGAUCGGAGAUUUUAAAACAUGAAGAAGAGAUCGAUCUUAAAAAGACAGAAAAGAAACUGAGAUCAGAACUUAAAAGAAUCCAAAGCGAAAAAUACAAAAUAACGAAACAAGCACAUCAGAGCGUCAGUGACAGAUCGGACGUAGAGCAGGGAGUGCGGAACAACGGUUACACAACAGAGGGAGUGUAAACACCGUUACCAUACAUCACGUGACAUAUUGAUGCAAGAAUUCGAAUAAAUAAUUCCAGACAAUCUAGACUCGUCACUAGACUUUGUACAUCCCUUUGAACAGUAAAUAUUUACAGACAAUCAAGGAUAAAGUAGUAUUUCACAUGUUCCUGAUUGGUCAUUAAUUUGAGAAUUGUGACUCAUAAUAUCAAAAAAUAUAUUUGAAGAAAAUAUUGUUCGCUCAUAGACCCGGUCUCAGGAUAUUCAAUAUCGUUACAUUGACGGAAAAAUAUUUUCUUCAGUUCAAAAACAACUCAAGCUACGACUUUCCUCUCCAGUCUGACAAGAAUAUGAAUCUAAGUUUGCCUCCUGACCGUAAACACAAAAAUUAAUUUCCAACUCCGACAUAACCCGAUUUUAAACCAAAUAAUGAACCCAUGACACGAACCCUGAAGCUCUUCCGGGUUGUUCAAAUUAACUUCUGGUUUGAAAAUGUUAUUGAAAAUCAUCCCCUCAACAGCAUUGUUUCUAAAAUAUUAACACCACUAUUUUAAUUUGCACUUAACAAAAUAUUGAAAAACUUUUUUGUACGCUAUAGGUAAAAAUCAAUUUUAGUUACGUUUUUGCUCUUAAAUUUGAGACGUUUUGUGCUUUUUAAUGUUUUAAAGGAAUUUUUAACAAUCUCAACCAAUUAUUGUGCCAAAUAUAAUGCAAUUUUCUCUUAAACCGGGUCCGAAACCUUAGUUCUGGGCCCGGAGUCGGCGUCUAACUCGCAACUCCGGAUUGGCAUUUUGGCGGCAAAAACUUUUCCGCUUUUACCUCUGAGUAGUAUAAAAAUUCCGGAUUUGAGUGUUUCAAAACUUUGACUUCGACUUGAAGCUGGAAGGCGAUAAAUUAAACAUAAUUACCUGCAGUGCUUUUUGUAUAUCUUAAACGGUCAUUGUGCCAAAAACGCAGUAUUUCAUUGUUUCGAAGUCAUAUUACGCGGUGACAUUUUUUUUUUUUCUACAAAAACUUUUUCGUUUAUGUUCGUAACUCUCAGUAUUCCAACUCCGGUUUUUCUAAAUAUUGACUCCGACAGGAAACUUGAAAGUAUGAGUUUGAAAACACAUCCACCCCAACUUUUACCCCAAUAUCAAAUAUACACCCCCCCCCCCCCCCCCCCCACCCGCUUUCUUUCGUUUCAUUGAAGCGUAACUUGCCAGAAUGGCCAAAUCUUGCCAACAUAAUAUUAUAGCUGAUAUAUUACGCUUCAUUGACUCUACUUCUGGUUUUCUUUAAUUUUACCCGGUUCGCCACUGAGGUGUGAAUUGCCAGAUUUACCCGAGCAUAAUAACGCUAUUCUAAUGCUGCUAUCUUUCGCUUCAUUGCCUUCUAUGCUACGAAAAAGUUAAAUAUUCUUAAAGCAGUUUGAUUCAAAAUUGUAUUUAAUGUGAACUGAUUUUGUUAUUUCAACAUUUCAAUUAAAUACUAACAAUACAUUUUAACCUAAUGAAAA